AUGGAACUCGAAGUAGGGCCGUCGGAGUCCGGCGGCCUGGCGGCGCUGGCUGCCGACCUCGCGAGGCGCCUGGCCGAGGAGAACUCGGAGAGCAACCUGGUGUUCUCGCCGCUGUCCAUCUACGCCGCGGUCGCGCUCCUGGCCGCGGGCGCCCGGGGCGCCACCCUGGACGAGAUCCUCGGCGUCCUCGGCGCGCCGUCUCGCGCCGCGCUCGAGGUGUUCGUCUCCCUCGUGGCGGAGCAAGCGCUCAGAGACCAGUCUGGCUCCGGCGGGCCGCGCAUCGCGUUCGCGUGCGGCGUGUGGAGCGACCUCACUUGCGCCCUGAAGCCAGCCUACCGCCACGCCGUCCUGAGCACGUACAAGGCCGAGGCCAGCACCGUCGACUUCCAGAACGACCCGGAGGGAGCACGCGGCCAGAUCAACGAGUGGGCCGCGCGGGCGACGCAGAACCUGAUCGGCGGCGUCCUCGGCCCGGAAUCAGUGACGCCGCUCACCCGCGUCGUGCUCGGCAACGCCAUAUACUUCAAGGGGAAGUGGCAAGAGCCCUUCUGCAAGAGGGAUACCGAGAGCAAGCUUUUCCACCGGCUCGACGGCCGCGCCGUCGACGUGCCCUUCAUGCAGAGUUGGGAGCCCCAGUUCAUCGCUAUACAUAGUGACUUCUGGCUUCUAAGAUUACGGCACCUGCCGGAGGAGAAGAUCGAUGUUAGGGAGUUCCGGGUGCCCAAGUUCAAGCUGUCCUUCCAUGGCAGCGUCGUCGACAUCCUCAAGAAGCUGGGGCUUCAGUUGGCGUUCAGUGAUCAAGCCGAUUUGUCUGACAUGGUGGAGGACGAUGAAUCUGGCUUGCCAUUGGUCUUGAACGACGUAAUCCACAAGGCGGUCAUCGAGGUAAACGAGGAAGGCACCAUAGCCGCGGCUGUGUCCAUAUAUGAGAUGUUAUUCGGUGGUGUUAAUUUCAUGCGUCCGCCACCUCCUCGAGUAGAUUUUGUAGCCGACCAUCCGUUUGCGUACUUAAUAGUGGAGGAGACAACCGGCGCAGUUGUCUUUGCAGGGCAUGUCCUUGACCCCUCCAUCGAGAGCUAG